AUGGAGGCUAUUAAAAUUCCUAAUUCAGCACUACUUGAUGUUUUUGGCCAGCCGGUUGGUAUUAAUACUCAUGAUCUUCGACAUUCGUCUAUAACACCAAAUUCAUCAAACAAUAAUUUGGACGGUCAUAAAAAAUCUAUAUCAGCUGCUAGUUCUGUGUCAAAAGUAGAUAUUGGUGAACGAUUAACUGUUAUAGGAGAAACUCCACUUCAUAUUGCUAUUGUUUAUAAUGAUAUAAAUUCAGUAAAACUUUUAAUAAAACAUGGUGUUGAUGUUAAUAAACGUGUCGUUGGAGAUUUUAAUACUCCGGAACAAAAUCGAAAAAAUGAUGAACAUAAAAAAGGAAGAGGAAAAAAAUUUCUACUACCUUGUCAUCGUGAUAAAACAUCACAAAAACAAUUUAAUCCACAGAAUAGUAGUCCUGAAAGUUAUGCCUAUUAUGGUGAAUACCCAUUAGCUUUUGCUGCUGCAUUUGGUCAUUCAGAAAUAUAUGAUUAUUUGAUUCAACAUGGUGCCGAUCCAAAUAUGCAAGACUCUUAUGGAAAUACAAUUCUACACAUGCUUGUCAUUCGAGAUCGAAUGGAUAUGUUUAAACAUGCUGUUCGACAUCCAUCAAAAAAAGCACGUACAGAUAUUCGAAAUAAUUCAGAUUUAACUCCAUUAACAUUAGCUGCUAAACUUGGUCGUAAAGAACUUUUCCUUGAAUGUCUCGAAUUAGCUCAAGUGGAAAUUUGGCGUUAUUCUAAUAUUAAAUGUUGUACAUAUCCUCUUCGUGGUAUUGAUACAAUAACGGAUGGUGGUCAAAUAGAUUGGAAUUCUUCAUUAAUGUCGAUUGUUAGUGGUAAAACUGAAGAUCAUUUAGAUAUGCUUGAUAAUAUGGUCAUUGAACGUUUAUUAAAUGAUAAAUGGUCAUCAUUUGCUCGAGUUAACUUUGUUCGACAAUUAGUUUUGCUUUGCUUGCAUUUAUUAUUUUUAACAACGGCCGUAUUUUUACGUAAUCCAAGAGAUAAUCAAUCGUUGGUAAAAAGAAUUCUAUGUCAUAUAGCUGAAGCAUGUGUAUUAGGUGGUUGUAUAUUAAGUGUAUUUGCAUUACAAGCGAAAGAAAUUUAUUUACAAGGAUUUAAUUAUUAUUUACAAAAUUUAAAAAGUUAUCCAGAAAAAAUUCUUUAUCAAUGUUCAUGUAUACUAAUAAUUCUCGCAGUACCAUGUCGUAUAUUAUAUUUAGUAACAAAUAAUGUGACAUUUGGUUAUGUUGAAGAUGGUCUUGUAUCACUUGCUAUACCUGGAACAUUUUUGUUUUUUCUUUUUUUUGGACGAAUUUAUGAAUUAACAGGUGCAUUUAUCGUUAUGAUAUUUGAGAUGAUUACAGGAGAUAUUGCUACAUUUGGUGUCAUCUAUAUCAUUGUUAUCACAGCUUUUGGUCAAGUUUUUUAUUUAUUAUUUCGUGAUACUACUGAAGGUGGAAAUUGUGAACGCGCCGUAACAAAUGAUACAUGCGGAAAUGAUAAUUUAUGUUCCUUUCAAAAUUUUGAAGCUUGGAUGACUAUGGUUCAUUUUACAUUGGGAGAAUUCGAUUUUUCUCGUUUUGAUUUAACACAUUAUUCAUAUUUAGUAAAAAUUUUGUUUAUUGUUUUUAUGAUAUUAACACCUAUACUUUUAUUAAACAUGUUAAUUGCUUCUAUGGGUAAUACAUAUCAACGUGUUAUUGCAAUCAGUGAAAAAGAACGCAUUCGACAGUGGGCUCAGCUUGUUUUAACAAUUGAAAGAUCUUGUCCUGCAAAACAACGAUUUGAUUAUCAAGGUGUAUAUGCCAUUGGUGGUGAUGAUAAACGUGAUUUAAUGGUUAUAAAACGAGCAACGAAAAGUAAAGCAGCUCAAAGAAAAGGAGCAAUCGGUAAUUGGAAGCGAGUUGGAAAAAUUGUUCUUUAUUUACUAAAAGAACAACAAACAACAGCUGAUCGUGUUCGUCUCCGUCGUGUAUCCCAUCAAUCUGUUGUAUUCAAACCAAAAGCACAAUUUGAUAAUAUGCUUGAAACUAUUGCAUGGGAACGUGAUAUGGAUUUUUCUGGAGCAAAAGGAUUAUCAUCAUCAAAUCAAAAUAUUAAUUUAGGUUCAACACAAAAUACAGCAGAUUUAAAUUCAUGUGCAUCACACCCGCCUUCGCCUCCGCCUCCACAAUUUGUGACUGGAGAAUUUCCACCACCAUCAUCAAUACCACAACAAUUAACUGGUGAUAGAAAACCAAUGCGUCGUUCAGAAUUAUCUGAACUUCGUUCUCGUCCAUCAUUUGUUGAUUAUGAAGAUUUAGAAGUAUUUCGUCAUAGGCGAUCAUUAGCAAGAGCAUCAAAUGUCUGGCAUCCUCAACCAACUCGACGAACUUCUAUGAUGCCUGUUGAUGCUGAUGGUUAUAAAGAUUUGCUUCUCGAUGUUGAUAAUAGUCACCAAGAAUAUAAUAAAAAAAACAAAUUAAAUCAAUUUAUGUCUCAUGGUACCUCGAAUAUGAGUAUUAAAUCAAAACUAAGUGAAACGACUAUUUGUUAG